AUGAUUUUCAACUUAAUCAAGUAUUUAAUGAAUCAACAUGCAUUAGAUUAUGCAAGUGAAUAUCAUUAUAAUCCUUUUAAACUUGAAUGUCAUCCAAAACUAACUGAUAAGAAGCAAAGUCAAAAAUUAGUUACAGAUUUAUUGAAAUUUACUAAAGAUGAUUUCUCUCGUCAAAAUCCAUCAUUCAGAAAUAUUCCUAUGUUUGAUUUAUGGUGGAUUGAUUUAAAUGGUAAUUUACAAAUUAUUAUAAAGACGACAGAAUUGUAUGUUUAUCUAUGUAAACCUGAUACAUAUCCAAAAGAAGUAAAUGGUAUUACAAUAACACCGCAUCCACCUUCUCAUCUACCUCCUCAACAUACGGUCAUAUUGAUGGAUACAUUAUUCUAUUUUAAAUGUUGA